AUGAUUGUAGCAGAGUGCGUGAUGCUGGAAGAUGAUCCCACAAUCCCUCACUGCUGCAGCCUCUGGGAGAUCAGUCCUUCUGAACUCCACAGAUCAUCUGCAGAUCUUCAGAGCCUCAGCGCUCCUUUACGCUCUUUUCUGAACUCAGAGUUUUUAGAUCGGGAGCCCCAGCGAGAGCUCCACACACACCGGCCUCCAAGCUGUCUCUGCGUCUGCUCCCUGCCAUCAUCGUGGACACACGACGAUGACGAUGAUGGAAACUUCACCAAAUGGAUGAGCAGCUACUGGGGACACGGAGGCAGAGACGAGCGGGAAAAAGAGCGCAAGAGGAGCUUCAGGAGGUCCAGACAGUCCACGUGCGACCGCCGAGCUUCACUGCCCUGCAUGUCCCAGCUGGAGGCCAUGCGGCUGAAACAUCCUUCGACUCCCACCGUCUUAAAGGGUCAUGAGAAGGAGGUGCGGCCACACCCUCACGCUCGCCGCGUCUCAUCAGACGAAUACAGAGGGCAUGAAGCUAGAGGAGCAGAGAGUCGCAGGAGCACCAUCCCUGAGCUGACGGAGUCCUUCAGGAGGAUGCUGCGCUUCCACAACCACAGAAGUGAUUCGGGUAACGUGUGUCUGAUCUGCCAUGAAGAAAUGUGCAGGACAGUUGGAGAAACAGGAGGAGCAGGCCAUGAACUUCACUGCUCCUAUCACUUCCAUAAAGAGGUGAGGAGGUCGGAGCAGGGUAUGCGUCCACGUAGCCGGAGUUCUGCUGCUGUGUGUGAAAACAGGAAGGAAGUACCAGUCUGCAGCAAACAGGAAGAAUACCGUCUGCCCCACCAACGUCGGUCUCUACGCAGACAACGCUGA